AUGCGCGCGGCACUCCGAUUGCUCGCGACCGCGACGGGUACCGUCCGCCCGUCCGCCCGCUUCCUCAAGCCCGGCUCCCCGACCGGCCUCACCGGCCUCGGCACCCACCCGUCGCCGCGCUCCGCCCUGCUGUACCUCUACAACCACACCCUCGACAAGCUCAAGCAGAUCCCCGAGCACUCGCUGUACCGCCAGUCCGCCGAGGCCCUGACCAAGCACCGCCUCGCCAUUGUCGAGCAGUACGUGCCCGACGGCUAUGACGCCUGGCAGGAGCGCGCCCGCAAGCUGCUCGAGAAGCACAAGAGCGACCUCACGGCCCGCCAGUUCGACGGCCAACAUGCCCGCCUAGUCGAAGGCCCCGACGGCCGCGCUUACUUCAUCCGCCAGAUGGUCACCCCGCAGGACUGGCGCGACGUCGAGUGGGAUGGUGCCGUCCUGGAUCCGCACUUUUCCUGGGUUCAGACCGGCGAGGAUGUCGUCGGCGCGGUCAAGCUGGAAGACAGUGACAAGCUGCUCGAGCUGGACAAGAUCAGGGAAUCAGACCCGGUUGCGUAUCGCCAGGGUCUCAGGGAUCUCGGUAUCAAGAUGGGCGGUGUUGUCGAGGACAAGAGCCCCGUCGAGUGGGAGUCGGAGCCGCCGUUGAGCGCUGAACAGAUUGCUGAGAUGGAGGCCAGGAUUGGUUCUGGCUUGAUUGAGGAGGUUGUUCAGGUUGCCGAAGGCGAGCUUAAGCUGGUUGACAUUAUGGCCCAGGCCAGGCCUUGGGAAGCUCUUGAGGAGGAGGCGCCAGAGGGCCAAUGGACUUACUUUGAGCGUAAGGAGUAA